UCGGCCUGGCCAGCGCGGAGACCGCCACCGGCGGCGUGCUGAUGGCGACUGCCACCGCGCUCGAGAUGGGGUUCUUGGGCUACUCGUUCGCGUGCUCGCUCGUCAAGGCCCUGCGGUGCCGGGCGUUCGUGCCCGUGCUCGCGGUGCCGCCUUUGGCGAUGGUCGCCGCUUCCGUCGCGGCCUCGGCCGCUGCGGCACGGCUGGAGCACAGCCCCGCCUUCUGCGGCCUUAUCGCCUUCUCUCUGGUGGCGCUGCUGUUCCUGGUGCUGCAGGAGCUGCUCAUCGAGGCGCACGAGAAGGACGGGCGGAUGGAAAGCGGAUCUGUCACGAGAGGUUUCUGCCGGUGCCUCGAGGCCCCCAGCAAAAAUAUGUAGAUCCUCGACGAGGUUUUUCAAGGUACCCAGGCUUACUCUGUGCAAGUGGCCGUUGCGAAUUUGGCGCGUUUCCUUUUGAAGAUGCCGUCCCUGGGAUCUCUUGAGGUGAGCCCGCUUCAUCUCCAGAAGGCAUAAAACCAAAUGAUGCUUAUGUUUUAUGGAGAGGUGUCUGCGUUACUACUGCGUG